AUGCGCUCGCUUUUGCUAAGAAGUAACUUGCUUCACACGUCGUGUGUUAUAUUUUCGCUAAACAUCUGCGGCGUGGGUCAGACAAUAACCGCAAAAGCGACGCGCACUUGCUACAAAAGAAGUGGGGGCGGCUCUCUAUCGCUUCGGCUUCGUAAUCAUCUUCGGGCGUAUUCUGUAACAGCUCGAAACUACCCCGAAAGCGUUAAGCAGCUAGAAAAAAACGCGCACCGCUGUGGCUUUUCCUAUCGGCGCUCUGUUAUCGUUUUGCCACAUGGUGCGGCGCAGACGUCUGCCAAUCUCUAUCGCCUUCCGCUUGGCUGCAGUGAAAUGCAAAAGGGCUCAGUGUGUAAAAAUGGCGCGCAUUUUUCUCGAACUAUCGGGCUCAGCUAUCGGCAGCGUCGCACGUUUUCCACAGUUCUUGCCUCAGUGCUCUGCUAA